AUGAAGUAUGCACUUUCUCUCGUCGCCAGCGGUGCUGUCCUCGCCGCCGCCCAGCAGGGUCUCGGUUCAUGCGCUCAAAACUGCUUCAACAACAUGGUUGGCAUUGCCUUGAACCAGUUCCACUGCAACAUUGGUGACGUUGCAUGCUACUGCUCCCACCCUGAAUUCGGCUACGGUGUCCGCGACUGCUCCAACCAGGCCUGCUCCGCUCAAGAGGCCGCCGACGCCAUUGGCUUUGCCAACGCUUACUGUGCUGCCGCUGUUGGCACCGCCAGCAACUCGGUUGCCUCGAUCCUGAGCACCAUCUCCGCCUCUGGUUCUAAUUACGCAUCAGCUACCUCUGCCGGCGCUGCUGCUGCUUCUCAAGGUCUUGGUAUCCUUGGUACCAGCGCCCAAUCUUCUGGUGCUCAGUCUUCCAGCGCCCAACAGUCGUCUGGCAGCACUUCGUCUGCCGUCACCACCUCGGCCCUUGUUGGAACCAUCACCUCAGGAGGUAGCACCAUCCCCACAACCACUGGCUUCUCUACGAUCUACUCCGUCGUUCCUAUCGUCGGUGGUAUUGUCGGUGGUGCCUCAUCUGGUGCUUCAAGCGCCGCCUCGGCUGCCUCAUCGGGUGUUUCCAGCGCCGGAGCCGCCGCCAGCUCUGGUGCUUCGUCGGCUUCGUCGGUCGCCAGCAACGCCGCAUCCAGCGCCUCCUCGGUUGCCUCUAGUGCUUCUUCGGCUGCCAGCAACGCUGCUUCCAGUGCCUCCUCGGGUGCCUCGUCUGCCGCCUCUGCCGCCAGCUCGGGUGCUUCUUCCGUGACCUCGCGUGCCUCCAGCGGUGCUUCCAGCGUUGCCGGUGCCGCCACUUCGGGAGCUUCGUCAGUCGCUUCCCGCGCUUCGUCUGCUGCUGGUGGUGCUUCCAGCGCUGCCUCGUCGAUUGUCGCCACUGCUGGUGCCCCCAUCCAGACCGUCGGCCCUAUGAUGGGUGCCGCCGCUCUUGCCGCUCUCCUGCUGGUCUAA